UAAAAUAGAGCAUCAGAACCAAUCUAGCAGUGCUUAAAGUUGUGAUUAGAAGUGAAGUGCCCGAUUAACCGUAAUCGUCAAAAUGAAAUCGUUCGUGUGCUUUGCCCUGAUUGUAAGCCUCAUUGCCUCUGUCAGCUGUGCACCGCAGUUCGGCUUUGGAGCUUCCGGAUCGGCGGCCAACGCCGGUGCCCAGUCAUUCAAUCAGGGCGGUUUCGGUGGCUUCGGGGGAAUGUCCGGAUCGGCGGCCAAUGCUGGAUCACAAUCGUUCAACCAGGGCGGUUUCGGUGGCGGAUUUGGCGGAUCGGCUGCCAACGCCGGAGCACAGAGCUUCAGCCAGGGAGGUGGCUUCGGACCGUUCGGAUUCGGAGGCGGCAUGAGUGGAUCGGCUGCCAACGCCGGAUCGCAGACAUUCAGCAGCGGUUAUAACCGAUUAACCGUAAUCGUCAAAAUGAAAUCGUACGUGUGCUUUGCCCUGAUUGUGAGCCUCAUUGCCUCUGCUAGCUGUGCACCGCAGUUCGGCGGUUUUGGAGCUUCCGGAUCGGCGGCCAACGCCGGUGCUCAAUCGUUUAAUCAGGGCGGCGGUGGCUUUGGAGGCUUCGGAGGAAUGUCCGGAUCGGCGGCUAACGCUGGAUCCCAAUCGUUCACCCAGGGUGGUGGCGGCUUUGGACCACACGGAUUCGGUGGCGGAAUGAGCGGAUCAGCAGCCAGCGCCGGAGCACAAAGCUUUAACCAGGGAGGCUUUGGACCACACGGAUUCGGUGGAAUGAGCGGAUCGGCUGCUAACGCCGGAUCGCAAACAUUUAGCAGCGGUUAGUGGACUGUUGGGUAACCUGCUGUCUGUUAGAGGUCGAGUCUGAUUAAGGUCAGUUGAUUUACUUUGACUGUACAAUAAUUAAAAUAAUGAAAAGAAGAUUGUCGAAUUUUAAGAUUUGAUUCUUAUUGAUGUUGACCUAGAAAGAAGAAAUUACGAAAUUGUCUGUUACGCUAACCGACUAUUAACCCUUCCCAACCGAGCCACAUAACUGUGCCUCUCUCAUUGGUUGUUACAUUCAUCUUUUUAUUACUUACAACGCUAGUGUCGACAUCGCAGCUACUAUGAAAAAUAAAAUCUGUAGUGAACAAGUGUAUUUAUAUGGAAAUUACUUCAAUUAAGUUUUGAUUUACGUUUUUACCUACACAAUUGUGUGAGGUCGGUCGGAAAGGGUUAAAUAUUGAUGAUUCUUUGACGUUGAAACAUCAAAAGAUUCAUCUUCAAGCUUCGCUGUUCCAAUUGUAAAUUAAUGUGAAUUUGCAUAAAUGAAUGAUGUAAUCUUUGAUGCCUACCGUAUUUGAUAAUAUUUUCUUUUGAGCAUGCAUUUACUUACCUUCAAAAACCGCUAGCUUCGUUACAUUGAAGGUGGCAAAUAACUCGGGCGGUUUUAACACUUACGAAUAAUGAGAGCUACGAGAAAAAUUGAUAAAAAAAAAUAACGAAAUUCAACUCCUAGCUGAAUAAAAAUGGCAAUUUAACACCGAUAACACUCGUCUGCCAGGAAAACCGCCAAGAAGAGUAGCAACAACAGGACGAGAACUCACACACAUGAACACAGUUUUCGUUCGGCCCGGUAUAAAAGAUUGCCCAUUUCCAACCUAGAGCAUCAAAACCAAUUCAGCAGUGCUAAAAGUUGUGAUUUGAAGUGAAGUAACCAAUUAACCGUAAUCGUCAAAAUGAAAUCGUACGUGUGCUUUGCCCUGAUUGUGAGCCUGAUUGCCUCUGCUAGCUGUGCGCCGCAGUUCGGCGGUUUUGGAGCUUCCGGAUCGGCGGCCAACGCCGGUGCCCAAUCGUUUAAUCAGGGCGGCGGUGGCUUUGGAGGCUUCGGGGGAAUGUCCGGAUCAGCGGCCAGCGCCGGAUCGCAGUCGUUUACUCAGGGUGGCGGCUUUGGGCCACACGGAUUCGGUGGCGGAAUGAGCGGAUCGGCUGCCAACGCUGGAGCACAGAGCUUCAAUCAGGGAGGUGGCUUCGGACCGCACGGAUUCGGAGGCGGAAUGAGCGGAUCAGCUGCUAACGCCGGAUCGCAAACAUUCAGCAGCGGUUAGUGGAAACUGGUAACCUGCUGUCUGUUAGAGGUCGAGUCUGAUUAAAACCAGUUGAUUUACUUUGACUGUACAAAGAAUGAAAUAAAAAAAGUAGAUUGUCGAAUUUCAAAA